AAUUUUGAUUGAAUCUAAAUACAGUAAUUGGCAAUAUUCAUCUCGUACUUCCGCGAUCUGUGUUUUAGUAUUGCCUGUUAAAGAUUGCCAGUAUCGUGGUUGGAGAAAGAGUUACUAGUAGAUUAGUUUGGCCAAUCUGGGAAACAUGUCCCGUCUCAAUAAGGGACAUCAACUGCUGACUGCGUGUCGUCGCUUGUCCAAUGUCAAGCUUCACGAGCAAGACGCUCACAGCAACCAGCAGGCCUUUGCCCAGACUCGUGCCGCAUCUAGCUGUGUAGAAACGAUCCGUCAAGCAAGGCCUUCCCUUGAUCAGCCAGUACUCAGCUCGGGAGAUAACGUUCAAUUCAAAGUUCCUGAAAAGGAGACGAAAAUUUCAAAUCUCCAAAAUGGAAUGAAAGUAGCCACUGAGAAUUCCUAUGGGCAGUUCGUCACAAUUGGACUUUUCCCUCGCAUUGGUUCACGCUUCGACGAUGGCUACACGCCAGGGAUAUCGCACGUCCUGGAACGUAUGGCCUUCACGGGAUCUCGAAAGUACCCAUCACGGGCACACGUGAUGGCAGAGCUGGACCAGUACGGUGGCUUAGUUGACUGCCAGUUUCACAGGGAAGUCGGAGUGUACACAUUGUCAGUCCUGGCCAAUGGCCUUGAGAAGGCCAUGGAAAUCCUAGCAGACGUCACACUGCACCCGCAGAUAUCCCAGGAACGACUGGAAGAGGCACAGACUGCAGUGAUGUUUCACUUGGAGGAUCUGGACAUGCAGGCCAACCAAGAGCAACGGCUAGCUGAUCUAAUUCACCGGGCUGCGUACGGUGACAGUGGUCUGGGCCUGCCUCGCCUUUGUCCCGAUGACAACGUGAAGAAGAUCACGAAUGAAGAGCUGGUGCGAUACUUGCGCGCAAAGAUGUGCCCGUCCGACAUGACCCUAGCAGCUGUAAAUGUGGACCACGAGCAGUUUCAAGCACUGGCCGAGCAGUACUUUGGAACAGGAGAGCCCAGCUGGGGCAAGAUGGCAACCAGCACAGAGCCCUGUGCCCCCGCAGUCUACAAGCCAUGCUUUGUAAAGGAUGCCAGGAAAAUGGAGCGUGCCGUCGUGCAUGCUAAUCAACUGCCGGACGUUGCUCACUACUCCAUGGCGUACCGAUCGUGUUCGUAUCGUGAUGAUGACUUUGUGGCCACUUGUGUCCUCAACACUUUGAUGGGAGGUGGAAGUAGCUUUUCGGCUGGCGGGCCCGGAAAGGGCUUGUUCUCGCGUCUUUACACAAAUGUCCUCUCGCAGAACUUCUUCGUUAUGAGUGCCAUCGCUACAAACUACCCCUACGCCGACACGGGUCUUUUUACCUUCAACGGCAGUUGCUCACCCGGGGAUCUGGGGAAGCUGGCACAUGUUAUGUCCGCUGAAGUUGGACGGUUAGCUAGAGAUCCAUUCACAGAGGAGGAGGUAUCCAGAGCAAAGCAGCAAAUGCUGAGUUUGCUAUUCAUGAACCUGGAAUCGCGUGCCAUUAACUUGGAGGAUAUUGGCAGACAAGUACUGGAGCUGGGGCUGCGGGAAAAUGGCGAGCAGCUAAGGCAGAAAAUUGUCAACGUCAGCGUGGAGGACAUCACGCGUGUUGCUCGUAAACUGUUCGACUCACCGCCGGCAUUUGCCGCGCUCGGUGAUGUCAGUGCGUUGCCAGCAAGCAUGACCUAGAAUAGGAUUCAGCACUAACUUAUUAUUCCCCAAGUACCCGGGAUACCUUUGAAAGUGUGCCCACGUGCAGUAGUGGGUUUCCGUAGGGUAAGGUUCCCAAUGAAGAACAUCAUCAGCUUGAGUGCUUGCUCGUGUGCUCUUACAGUAUUACAGAUACAUACCACGUGUUCUCUAGUGCUUUUCUUGCUCCGGUAUUUUUAUAUUUUGAUUUGAAAUAUUCCUAGCUGACCCCUACCAUGUUGGUGCCCUGCAUGCAGUGUAACACUAACGCACAAAAACAAUAAUAGCUCAGAACUUCUUCUUGGAUUCCUUUCUUUUCUCCACUCAUCAUUUUUUCGUCUGAUGUGGAGAGAUUAACCAGCGAUUAAAUCUGAUGAUACAUGAAAAGCACAGAAUAAAAGCAAUUGCAGUGAUGCAAUGUGCAGUACCAGUCGUUAAAUCACUAGCUAUACCAGCGGCAGCUCGGCCAGGUUCAGGGUCGUCACAACAACGGAAAUAUACAACAGAAUGAUGAAAUUGAGCAGGGUGGGAACACAAGCAAUUGAAUUAUAGCAGGUGGUGAUAGUACUUUUUGUCCUGCCAGCGGAUACGAGAAAAUACACACAACUGCACACAAACACACACACACACA